UGUUUAGAUUUUUUAAAAAAUAUAUUUUCUCUUAAUUUUCUUCCUUUUCUCUGCUGCAUAAAUCUGCAAGUCACUUUUUUAGAAAUCGCAAUUGGAAAUAACUGAUUCUCAGAUAGUAAACAAGGGUUGUAUUUUGAAUCGAGCAUGUAACUGUUGUAACUUAUUUUAAACUUUGAGGUUGCUUUGAGAGAUUUGUAAACUCAUGUGACUUAAACUUUAUUUUAAACAGUAAUCCUCCCCCAACCCUCCCCUGAAGAUGUUCAGUGUAGAGGCUGCGAACCUCCAGUACUGUCCUCUACAGGGAUCCUCUAUAAUAAACAAAAACAGUGUCGGAUCAGCACACAGAAACCUUGCAAGAGAAAUGUGAACCUGGAUCCUCAGAUUAGGUUUCAAUGGAAGGGUUUAGUUUGCUCUCAGUCCGAGGAUAUAUCCGAGGUUGUAGUUAUGUUGUACUCUGGUACGGAUCUAUUCUCCUUGGCUUCUGUUUCUUGUAUGCUCCGACCCUACCCCUUCUACUCAUCAGUAGAUUCUAUUACAGGAGAACUACAGAUCUACUCUUCUCAUCAUGGGAGGCAUUUAACACGACCCUACUGGAGCUUGUGUACGGAGUUGAGAUUGUUCUAACCGGAGACUCUAUCAAGGAGACAGAAGAUUCAUUGAUAGUGGUCAAUCAUCCGACCAGGACGGAUUGGAACUUUUUGUGGCCCGCCUUGUUCCAUGCUUCUCCCUCCCACAACACAAAGAUAGUCCUGAAGGAGGAGCUGAGAAAGAUCCCGGGGAUGGGUUGGAUAAUGGCAAUGUCAAGGUUUAUUUAUCUCCGUCGGAACUGGAGUCAAGACUCACAAACCCUGGAUAAAAUGAUGGAUUACUACCAGGAUACAAGAGAGGAGGGAGCACGUCAAAUUCUACUGUUCCCGGAAGGAACAAACCUCUCGCAGUCUUCAGCGAAGAAAAGCGAUGAAUAUGCAGUCAAGAAUAAUCUUAACAAGUACAAUCAUGUUCUGCAUCCUAGAACAUCAGGUUUUGUUCAUAUAGCUCACGGGCUCAGAGAAAGAAAUCUCCUGAGUUCUAUUUACAGUCUAACCAUCGCAUAUCCUGAUACAGUUCCCAAAACAGAGGUUGGACUGUUGAAAGGAAAUCUACCAAGACAGGUUCAUGUUCAUAUAGUCAGAUAUCCGUUAGAUCAGGUACCUUCCACAUUUGUCGGGUUAGAGAAAUGGAUCCAGGAGGUUUGGAGAGACAAGGAGAAACUUCUGGAACGGUUUCAAGAAACUAAAGAGUUUAUUCCGUUGACUCAGGAGCAGAGACUUCCUUGCAGAACUCAAACCCUUCAGCCUAUGUGCCUGGUAGCGUGGUUCCUAUUCUUGUAUUGGGGACUUUGCAGUGUUUUUACAGUGUGCGGUAUUCUGUGGAUACUACUAGUAUCUAGUAUACUAGUAUAUACAGAGCACUAUACUCCUGGUAUACAGAAUAUUGAACUGAAACUUCACUAUAGAGGAUCUGACUCCAGAAUCAAGACCAAGAACACAGAGGAAGAAUCCCAGGACGAUUUUGAGCAUGUGAAAGACAACUGAAACAAGACUGAUUUAAAAUGAAGAGAUUCAAAAGAAAAUAAAUCAAUUAAAAAUAA